UAUUGCCUUGUGAGCCAUUGUAAUGGAUGUUCUUGAAAAACAGCAGUUGUGAGUGAUACAAUACAUACAUAAAUUCAUCCCCUAUCUUGUUCUUGACGUUACAAUUUACCAGGUUGUUUCACUUGCACGCCGUUCUCGUAGCAAACAGUCUCCUGAUAUACGAUCACACAGUGACCCUCCCAGAAGAAAUCGCGUUCAUUUGGAGUCGUCCGAAAAUACUGUCUGCAAUGUUAUUUCUCGUCAACCGCUAUGUCGCUCUGGUCGGCAAUAUCUUUGGCUUACUUGUUGAUUUCCUGCCCAUUUCAGAUGAGCUGCUCGAAAUACCUGUUAGUCAGAGAACUAUUCUUUUUUCUUCAACAGAUCAUUGUUUGUCUCAUAUUGACGCUGCGCACUUAUGCCCUCUAUGGCUGUAACAGGCGCCUGCUUAGUUGCAUGCUAAUCAUCGGCCUUGCUCUUUUGGGAGGAGCAUCGGUGGGAACUUUUGGAGGUAAUUCAAAUAGUGCGACUGACUUGCAAGGGAGUUGCCAGAACACAUUCAUAGCAGAGGCAGCCGCUCGUCAUGGGCUGGGAUGGGUUGCAAUUUUCGUCUACGAGUUGCUCAUCUUUGUCCUCACAGUCUUCAGGACUUGCAAGACUAGUGGAUGGCCACGGUUAUCUCUAACAUACAGGAGAAAUAUCUUUGACAUCAUGUUUCAAGAUGGUGCGAUGUAUUUCGCAGCGAUGGCACUGACUAAUAUACCCAACAUUUUGACGUACUAUUGUGGUUCAACUAUCACCGGAGGAAAUCUGGCCACGUUUACUAGUUGCAUGUCCGUCACUCUCACCUCUCGGUUGGUGCUUAACCUGCACAAAUCCACGGACACUGGCAUUUUCUCGACCGUCAUCCGGGAUGACAGCCUCAGCCUCGAUGUCCUUACCACCAGGGUCAACAUACAGUCCGUGAUUUCCUCUCACUAGGCUGGACUUGGGUUCUGUUGAAAUUGCGGAUGUUUUUCCAACUGUGACAACGUACUUUAUUUUUAAAGGAGUAGAUCAAGAGAAGGGCGAUGUAUGCCACAGUCACAAAACUUCUGCCAUGUUGAGGGUAUAGGAUUUUCUUUCGUUUGACGUUUCAGGAUACGAAGU